AUGUCCGGCCGCCUUCUUGUCACCGCCCUCGCUCUUAGUGGUCUCUCCGUGGGACAGACCACUGGAAACUUCAACUUCGUUACUUACAACGUCGCUGGUCUUCCUGCUAUCAUCAACAACAACGAAGUCCCUGGUGACAAGGCAACCAACGCCAACCUCAUUGGCACUGUUCUUGCCACCCAAAAAUAUGAUAUUGUUCAUAUGCAAGAGGACUUCAACUAUCAUGCCUACAUCUAUGCGACUGACAACCAUGCUUACCGUACUCCUACCUCUGGCGGCGUUCCCUUUGGUGAUGGCCUCAACACUGUCGCCAACUAUGACUGGACCGGUCUUGUUCGCAAGAAGUGGAACAAGUGCAACCUGAACUCUGGUGAUUGUUUGACCCCCAAGGGCUUCAGCUUUAUGCGCAUGAAAAUUCAGAGCAUUGAAGUUGAUCUCUAUAACCUUCAUGCUGAUGCUGGCUCUGACCAGGGUGAUGUCGAUGCACGCUCGGCAGGUAUCGAUCAGAUCCUGGCUUACAUCAAUGCGAACUCCCAGGGUAGGGCCGUCAUCGUGGCUGGUGAUACCAAUGACAGAUGGACCAAUGCAGGCCGAAGCAUCAACAAACUGACCGAUGCCGGCUUCAGCGACUCUUGGGUACAGCUCAUUCAAGGGGGCAAGUUCCCCACGGCUGGAGCGACUGCAAACCCAUGCAGUGUCCCUGCUGCUGACAACACAUGUGAGAUUGUGGAUAAGGUUUUGUAUGUCACCAUUCUCACUAUCAUUUCAAACGUCUUGAAGAAUGCUAACAAGAGUAUAGCUAUCGCUCGGGCAGCUCUGUAA